CCUGUUUGAACUAUCUAUUCCCCAACAUGACCAAAAAGCUUGUGUUGGUUACACUGUUUCUGGCCACCGCUUGUGCCCGCAGGCAGCACAAUCGCACGGCUCAUCACGAUGAACUUGAAAAUAUCAUUGUAAAUGGAUAUCCAGCGUACGAGGGCAAGGCACCUUAUGCCGUGGGUCUGCGACUGAGCAAUGGAGCGGUUGGCGGAGGUUCCAUUAUAGCCAACACCUGGGUCCUGACCGCCGCCCACUGCCUGACCACCGACUCCGUGACCAUCCACUACGGCUCAAAUCUGGCUUGGAACGGUAAGAUCCAGCAUACGGUGAACAAGGAUAACUUUUUCCGGCACCCUGGAUUCGGAAACAGCGCCGGCCAUGACAUCGGUCUGAUUCGGACCCCCUACGUGGGCUUCACCAACCUGAUCAACAAGGUGGCGCUGCCCAAGUUCAGCCAGCAAAGGGAGCGCUUUGAGAACUGGUGGUGCGUGGCCUGCGGCUGGGGAGGAAUGGCCAAUGGAAAUCUGGCCGACUGGCUGCAGUGCACGGACGUUCAGAUCAUCAGCAAUAGCGAAUGUGAAAGGUCCUAUGGUUCCGUGGCCUCCACGGAUAUGUGCACCCGGGCUGCCGAUGGUAAGUCUGUGUGCGGCGGCGACUCCGGCGGAGCACUGGUCACCCACGACAACGCUAUCCAAGUGGGCGUUAUCGCGUUUGCUUCUACCGGCUGCAAGUCGGGUCCGUCGGGAUACACCCGUGUCUCCGAUCAUUUGGACUGGAUCCGGGAGAAGUCGGGAGUCGCCUACUACUAACUUGGAAAGUGGACACUGGCUAAAUUUUCAAUCAAAAUCUAUUACAAUGUAAAUGUUCUAAUUUUCGAAUUUAAAUAUAUAUAAACACUGAAUGCUGCAAAA